AUGUUCUCUCCUCCAACACUGGACAGAAGUUGCGAAAAAAACCCAGGAAGACGAUUUUACCGUCGCAAGGGAAGCCAGUGCAAGAAUGUUGUCACCUUCACUGCUGAGAACGCUCAAACCUACCUCGAUGUCAAUAUCAGAGGACGUUCUCUACGCUUUGACACAGGCGGAUCACGUUGGUAUCACGUUGAACGUGGAAGUGAUCGUCAAAACGUGAACUUCGAAAGUCGUAUUUUAGCAAUUGUGAUAUUCAGUAUGCAGCUAGAUGAAGGAGCUGAAAGUAGCAUUGGAGCGCAAUCACGACCGUAG